AUGGGUAUCUACCCUGGCGGCAAAAGCGUUCGCAUCGACUCUCCCCGCCACCUCACUAUUCGACAUGCUCGUCGCCUUGUGUCUGCACAUCAACGCAAUGUUCGACUUGCUCUUCAAAGCUCUGGAGCCCUUCAAGAUGAAGGAGAGAGCAGUGAAGAAGAAAUUGACCCCUUACCGGAAGGGCAGCAGAAGCUCAACUCAUACUGGGCGCCUGGUCUGGAGGCGGGCAAGGAACAUAUUGUCUCUGUAGAACAAGACAUUAACCCAAACACUACAAAAAAGGGCAGCAAGAAACUGCACCUGACAGCUGAGCAAGGCUUCUUUGUUGACGCUCCUCAGUUCUCGCUGCCUGACGGGAGUGUUCACUCGACAUAUCCUCCCGCGGGCUACAGCGAUGAUCACAGAAUCUUGCCGCACAUUGUCCUCACGGACCCUCACCUUCCAUGGGAGCGCUUGGGCAGCCCAAAACAGGGCACCAACGCCGAGUUGAGGGAGAAGGUGAGGCUGAUGGCUCUGGGUUCUGGAGAACCAGCGGUGCGCAAUCGUGUACCUUGGCUGGUGCUGCUUUCUUUUGAUCAGAGCGAACUGCGUCUGCCUCCUGAGGAUCUGGACAAAAUCUUCAGUGCCACGAGCGAUGGUGUCAUCAAGCCCGUCAAGCAGUCCUCUACCAUGACUGUCAACACGAGCAUCGCAGAUCUGUGGAAACUGAGCAGCGAUGUCAUCACGCCAGUAACACCAGACCUGGGCCCAGAGUCCAUGAAGGACAGCCGGGGAGAUUUUAUCUUCGUCCAGCCUGAAAUCUUCAAGAGCUUCUUUUCCACGUGGGACAAAGACAACAACAGGGUGAUUCCGGCGAACAACAAGGCAGAUACUCUACAGUAUCAGUAUCUGGCACAUGUACGUAAGAUCAACGGCGCCGGCAUGGCCCUCGCGGGGGUAGAAAAUACCGCCGUCUUCAGCAUCGUCAUCGGAAACAGAACUGGCCCUCUAGACAAUCAGACGCCAACAACCAUGUGCGCACAUCUCGUGUCAAUUGAAGGCGUGGAAGACAUGGCGUUUCCCAACGAUAGCCAACGCUAUGUAGCUCUCUGCUCGCUCUAUAGCUGGAACUAUACGGUGCUGCCGCCCGAUACUCUCAACGUGCCCGAUGCCUUUGAGCAUCUUGGCAGAACUUUGGAUGUUCUGCGCGCUCCGGAGAGUAUUAUCAAGCCUCUACGAGAUGCUCCUGACAAGAUCCGACAGCGCGUUGCCAGUCGCCUUGACGACGGUUACACGCUGGUCAAGUAUCGCACGCAGACGGGUGAACCAACAGUUGCGCUAUACAGAGGGCCAUUUACGCCCACAGAUGUGCCAGAUCUAGCUCACUUGACCAAGUCCUCAAACUCCAGUGUUGAUCUCCAGAUCCUGGACAAAGAGGUUGGCAUUAUGGAUAUUACCUAUUCGAUAGCAUGGCAGACUGGUCGCACCAUGGCUCUCGGCGACGAAGUCUUUACUGCUGCCCUUAUUAGGCUGAGAACAGCUAUUCAUGGACCUGCCAUGAAGGCAGUCAAGCUGCAGAUGAUCAAGGAUAUCAACGACGUCUCGUUUCGAACAAAAGACGAAGUGCUUGCAGACCUCCCUGAAGUGAUCCAGAGCCUUGCGAAUAUUCACAUAAGGCGUGACGAUGGCAAUAACUUUGCGCCUCCAAUGCCUGGACAGCCCUUUUUCUCCCCUGGAGGAGCCAAGAAACGCUGGUUCCGCCCGAAAAUGGGUCGCUCUGAUCUUCCAAAUAUGUCCUUUACCGAUCUGGACUUUGAGCAAAGGUACAAGGCCGCGGCGGUAGACGUUGCCCGUAGGCUUGCAGGGAGUAAGUCGGAGGGUCUAUUGUAUGAUGAGACCAAUGACCCAGUAUCGACGGACUGGAUGAUUGUGCUCUCGUGGCUCGUUGACAAAAUGUUCCUGUCGGGUGUCCCCGCGCACAGUUUGAUACCGGAUCCAACGUAUCUGGGCCCAGAAAGCCUGAGAUUCUUCCGCAUUGAUAAGAACUGGAUCGAUUCCAUGAUUGAUGGUGCUUUGUCGUUAGGCAACCAUUCGCUCGUCGACGACGAUCGGAUUGGCAUCAAGGACGCGCUCAAUGCCUACAUCAAUAGCGUACCUCAAGGAGCUAAACAUAAGAUUCAGAUCCCUGCCUAUGGCUUCUACCUGCGAUCCGACUUGGUCACCAUGUUUCCUGAUCUUCGCGUAGAGGUACUCCCUGAUGAAGAGGCUCUUCUCGCUGCUGGCGAGGAGCCUCCAGCUGGCGCUCCACUCCUCCGCCACAACAUUGUCGCGGAUGGCAUCAUGAUGGGCUUCAUGGACCGCCUGCCAGGAUCAAACCAGUUUGGCCAGCUAGUCUUUACGCAGCCAGCUCACCAGCAGCGGUAUGCCGUGGCUCGUGGACUCGACGUCAAAGGAAUCAAAGUCAAUAUACGCAAACAGUACACGGUGGACCAAAAGACUCGUGAGACAGAUGAUAGCAGGCAUGACAAACUUACACAGAUCAACACCGUCCCCACGGACAAAGACAACAUCUUCAUCUGGGGGUCAAAGCCAGGGCAAGGCCUCAAUGACCUCCGCAUCUUGCGUCUCCCAAAGUACGCAAACGUGCAGCUGGAGGAGCUCGAGAAAUGGAAACAGACUGCCCCUGAUGGGACGCCUUACUUUCAGGAUAAUACGGCAACCUCGGCGCUCUUUUCUAUGCAGUUGAAUGAUCCCGUCUACAAGCUCACCAUUGACCUCAAGGGCCAUCCAGAGAAAAAGACCCUGGCCGCUCUUGGCCCGUCGAGUGGCCCUAGUGCUCCUCAAGUCAGAACGCUGAGACAGCUGGAACCAGCUCGAAUGGCGAUGCAUCCCGGUUAUAGACAAGGGGGCAGUGGCGUCUCCUCUCAACUUACACGCCAUGGUGAUGACGACGACGACGAAGGUGCAACGGGGGCAACCUUUCAACGUCAUGGGGAAUAUGUGCCUACGGCGAAGGCCCUUGCAAAGAACUUGGCACCCCAUGUCCGCCACAUCCCAACCAUCUCAGCUCACAAACUGCCGAAGCCAAGCGAAGCCAUCUCAUCAUUUGCUGGGCACAAGCCACGCGAUAAGUUUAGCGACUCAGCAAGUACACCAAGGUACAGAAUCACCGUCAGCAGCAACAUCGGCACCCACUGGGACGUCAUCACUCUCCGCAAGCCAAACUUGCAGCAAGACAUCAUCUUUGCCGUCUCUGUGGAGCAGAACCAGAGCAACCAGUACAUGCUCGCAGAACUCGACAUUCAGAUCAAGCUCGGUCCAGCCAAACAACCGGACAACUACUUGAUGCCGACUUACGAAGGCACCGGCGCCAUCAUGUUGACCAAUCUCCGCUUCAACGUGCUGCCCCAGAUUCUGGAUGAUGGCGGUCAGCGGGUGUUGCGCCUGCGAGUGUUGCCGCGUGCCGCCAAAGGCUGGAUUGACAUUGGCACGGUCAAGGAGCUCGGCUUUAUGCUGGGGCUCGCCCAGGUUAAUGAAUCACUGGGUGAUCCGACCCAGGUGGAGUUGGAUGUGUGGGCAAUCUACUGUAAAGAUGCGCAGAAUCCCAAGUUGGGAGACGAUAAUACCGUCAAGGUACCCAAUUCACUUACGACGAGGGUCACGGUGUUUGACAAUCCGCAAUGGGUGCAGUAG